UGUGUCCCUCUCGCGCUCUCUUUUUUCUUCCGAAAGAAACCCUCUCAGAUCUGAAAAGAGAACCAAGCCAUGGGGAGGCCCUCCAAAUCUCAGCCUUCUUCCGACGAUGAAGCGCCGUCGAAUGCCUCUGACUCCGAUUCCGAUUCCGGUUCGGAGGAGCAACUUCCCAACGAUCAGAUCAACGAACAAGAAGACGACGAGGAGCUCGAAGAGGUGGCUCGCUCCGCUAGCUCUGGCGAUGACGAUACUGCGCCGGAUGAACCUGCAGGAGACGCCGACGACGAUGAACAGGACGAAAAUAAUGCUGACACUGAAGUUAGCAAGCGCGAGAAGGCGAGGUUGAAAGAAAUGCAGAAAUUGAAGAAGCAGAAGAUUCAGGAGAUUUUGGAUGAACAAAAUGCAGCUAUUGAUGCUGAUAUGAAUAAUAAAGGAAAGGGCCGAUUGAAGUAUCUGUUGCAGCAAACUGAGAUUUUUGCUCAUUUUGCCAAAGGUGCUCAAUCUUCUUCUCAGAAGAAGUCAAAGGGAAGGGGACGCCAUGCAUCGAAAGUGACUGAAGAAGAGGAAGAUGAAGAGUAUCUUAAAGAAGAAGAAGAUGGUUUGGCAAGCACGCGGCUGGUAACACAGCCAUCAUGUAUCCAAGGGAAGAUGAGGGAUUAUCAACUUGCUGGGUUAAACUGGCUCAUACGAUUGUAUGAGAAUGGUAUAAAUGGAAUUCUGGCAGAUGAAAUGGGACUUGGGAAAACAUUACAAACUAUAUCUUUGCUAGGGUAUUUAUAUGAGUUCAGAGGUAUAAAGGGUCCUCAUAUGGUUGUUGCCCCAAAGUCUACUCUUGGAAAUUGGAUGAAUGAGAUUCGGCGCUUUUGUCCUGUUUUACGAGCAAUAAAGUUCCUUGGCAACCCGGAUGAAAGGAGGCAUAUACGAGAGGAGUUAUUGGUUGCCGGGAAGUUUGAUGUAUGUGUUACAAGUUUUGAAAUGGUUAUCAAGGAGAAGUCUGCAUUGCGUCGAUUUAGUUGGCGCUACAUAAUUAUUGAUGAGGCCCACAGAAUCAAGAAUGAGAACUCCCUCCUUUCCAAGACGAUGAGGCUCUAUAAUACAAACUACCGACUCCUUAUAACUGGCACACCACUCCAAAACAAUCUUCAUGAACUCUGGGCUCUUCUCAAUUUUCUUCUGCCUGAAAUUUUUAGCUCUGCUGAAACUUUUGAUGAAUGGUUCCAAAUAUCAGGUGAAAAUAAAGUCCUUCGCCCAUUUCUCCUUCGGAGGUUGAAGUCAGAUGUCGAGAAAGGGUUGCCACCGAAAAAGGAAACUAUACUCAAAGUAGGCAUGUCACAAAUGCAGAAGCAGUACUAUAGGGCAUUACUACAGAAAGAUCUAGAGGUUGUCAAUGCUGGUGGAGAACGAAAGCGACUCCUCAACAUAGCAAUGCAAUUGCGUAAAUGUUGUAAUCACCCGUAUCUCUUCCAAGGUGCUGAACCCGGUCCUCCCUAUACUACAGGAGACCAUCUCGUCACAAAUGCUGGUAAAAUGGUUCUAUUGGAUAAGUUACUUCCUAAAUUAAAAGAGCGUGAUUCCCGGGUCCUGAUAUUUUCACAGAUGACUAGGCUGCUGGACAUACUUGAAGAUUAUUUGAUGUUUCGGGGAUAUCAAUAUUGUCGUAUAGAUGGAAACACCGGUGGAGAAGAUCGUGAUGCUUCCAUUGAAGCUUUCAACAAACCAGGAAGUGAGAAAUUUGUCUUCUUGUUAUCUACUCGGGCUGGAGGUCUCGGCAUCAAUCUUGCUACUGCUGAUGUUGUAAUUCUUUAUGAUAGUGACUGGAACCCACAAGUUGACCUGCAAGCUCAGGAUCGUGCUCAUAGGAUUGGACAGAAGAAAGAAGUACAAGUUUUCCGAUUUUGCACGGAGUAUACAAUUGAAGAGAAAGUAAUUGAAAGGGCUUACAAAAAGCUUGCACUUGAUGCUCUAGUGAUUCAGCAAGGCCGAUUAGCUGAGCAGAAGACUGUAAAUAAAGAUGAGUUGCUUCAAAUGGUUAGAUUUGGUGCUGAAAUGGUUUUUAGUUCCAAGGACAGUACAAUUACAGAUGAGGAUAUUGACAGAAUUAUUGCCAAAGGAGAGGAAGCUACAGCUGAGCUUGAUGCUAAGAUGAAGAAAUUUACUGAAGACGCCAUCAAAUUUAAGAUGGAUGACAAUGCUGAGCUUUAUGAUUUUGAUGAUGACAAGGAUGAGAACAAAUUUGAUUUCAAAAAGAUUGUGAGUGAAAACUGGAUUGAGCCACCGAGAAGAGAGCGGAAGCGCAAGUAAACACCAGUCUAUAUGCUAUACUUCAAGCAAACCUUGCGCCAAGGAGGUCCUACUAAACCGAAGGAGCCCCGUAUUCCCAGGAUGCCUCAACUGCAUGAUUUCCAGUUUUUCAACACACAAAGGUUGAGUGAGCUGUAUGAAAAGGAAGUACGCUAUCUCAUGCAAACACAUCAGAAGAAUCAAGUAAAAGACUCCAUAGAGGUGGAUGAACCAGAAGAGGUGGGAGAUCCACUGACUGCUGAAGAGUUGGAAGAAAAGGAGCAGCUGCUAGAGGAGGGUUUCUCAUCAUGGAGCAGGAGGGAUUUUAAUACUUUUGUUAGGGCCUGUGAAAAAUAUGGCCGAAAUGAUAUUAAAGGUAUUGCUUCUGAGAUGGAAGGAAAAACAGAAGAGGAAGUUGAGAGAUAUGCGGUGGUCUUCAAAGAAAGAUACAAGGAAUUAAACGAUUAUGAUAGAAUUAUUAAAAACAUCGAAAGAGGGGAAGCUAGAAUAUCCCGGAAAGAUGAGAUUAUGAAAGCUAUUGGGAAGAAGUUGGACCGCUACAAGAAUCCAUGGUUAGAACUAAAGAUACAAUAUGGGCAAAACAAAGGGAAGUUAUACAAUGAAGAAUGUGAUCGAUUCAUGAUAUGCAUGAUUCACAAACUUGGCUAUGGGAAUUGGGAUGAACUGAAGGCAGCAUUUCGAAUGUCACCUUUGUUUCGUUUUGAUUGGUUUGUUAAGUCUCGCACAACGCAAGAACUAACAAGGAGGUGCGACACCCUCAUUCGCCUUGUUGAGAAGGAAAACCAAGAAUAUGACGAAAGAGAGAGACAGGCUCGUAAGGAGAAGAAACUUGCAAAGAGUAGUACCCCAUCAAAGCGUACCAUGCCACGACAGACGGAGUCUCCAUCUUCGAAGAAGCGCAAGCAGCUGACCAUGGAUAACUUUGUAAGCUCGGGGAAGAAGAAAAAAUAAAUGAAGAGGAAAGCCGAAAUUUUAUUUUGGCUGAGUGAGGCGUGGGCCGGGAUCUGGCCUCGCUAAUUUUGGUGUGUCCUAUUUUCACAUGCCAACUUUGGUCGGUAUUAAAUGCUCGAAAGAUAAACCUUUGAGAGCGCAUUUAUUAGUUAGGGAAAUCUAGAUGAAAUAUAUUGUUGAAAUUUUGUAAAUCUAUCCACAAACCAUUAGAUUGAAUGUCCAUUGUAUUUGAACACUAGUCACUAGUCAGAUACUCAGCUUAAUAUAGUAUUCACCCUAUUGUAUUAUGUUAUCUAACGUCUUUACAAACGCAAGAGAUACAAACCUUAAUGUGUCUUUACCCGCAGUUUAUUAAUAUUUGGUCAGAGGAAUUUAUUUA